AUGUGUGAUGUUGCAUUUGCUUGUGCUUCGCAGAAUGAAAUUGAACAAUUUGAUGCCAUUAAUUUGGUUAAUGCAGGUUGUCGUCUACUAGUAGAAGGUUCCAACAUGCCCUGUACUCCUGAGGAAGCUGACUUCCAAAAGAAAGCUAGUGUUCUCAUUGCUCCUGCAAUGGCUGCUGGCACUGGAGGGGUUGAGGCUGGAGAGCUUGAACUGAAUCAUGAAUGCAGUUUGAUGCACUAUUCGCUAGAUGAUUUCGAAUCUAAAUUGUAG